AUCCAGUCUAUAUCUGUGAUAGUUCUGUGGUUCCGGACUAUCACUGUACAUGUAUAUGUGCUAGUUCUAUAGCUCCGUAGUUUUGUAGCUCCGGUCUAUAUCUUUUGUAGUUAAAACAUACUUCCUCAUUUUUGAUAGCGUAGCACCACUUAAACGUCCUUAAUAUUGAAUCGUUAUAAUCUGGUAAUAACGUUAGCAUAUUCUGCUAAUACUUUUAAAGUGUUUACAAUAUAAACAGGGAUUUAAGGAGAGAGAGGUUCGUAAGACAACUGUGUUCGUCCCGAUAAAUCAAUGGGAACUUCGGGAGAGUUUGCGUAAUAAGACAGACAUCUCUUCCAGUUAACACUAUUGACAGGAAACUGUUUUUCUGCAACAGUGCCUGCAGCUUAGAUUAAUAAUUCAAAGAAAAGUGUUUUUGGGUAUAGACUACAUCUGUUUGGAUAUUGCUUAAUUUUAGAUAGAAUGUUGUCUCUCAGAUGCCUUUAAAGUAACAGGUGACCUCUGUCCAGUAUGUUUAAACCGGUCAGCGAGGAGCAACUGUCCAGUGAUGGGGACUCAGAUAUAUGUGAUGAGCUGGACCGUCGACCCCCGGCCCAAGACCCCUGCUACAGGUGUAAGAAAAGGGUGUAUCCUGUGGAGAGGAUAGAUGUUGGAGUCUUAUUUCAUAGGCGCUGCUUCCGCUGCCGUGUAUGUGGGCUGCAGUUGAGCUUGCGAACUUUCCACUUUGACCAGGAAAAUGACCCCGACGUCUACUGUAAAAAUCACGUGCCAAAGUUCGUCGGGACAAUAGAUGGAGAAGCCCUAGGAGUCAAGACAGCACUCAAUGCACCAAAAGUCACCAAAAACAAUGAAUUUCGCGGUAGCGUGUACAAUCCAGCAUGGCAGUUCAACUCCUCCGGUGUCCUGGAUAUUUCACACCAUCGUGAAAAGAACUCAAGAACCUCUCUCGGAACUUAUCAGGAUUUCGAAAAAUCGGGCGUUUACGCCGCACAGUCACAGCUAGAAGAACGUCAGAAACUGGAAGAAGAUGAGUUGUACGCAACCUUAAAAACGGAGAAACAGAAAAAAUUAGAGAGGAUAGAGAAGGAACUAGAAAUAGAGAAAGAAAGAUCAGUGAGGGAGAUGAUAGAUGGCUUUGAACAACUGAAGAAAUACAAGGACCAAGAAACUCUAGAGUUAGAGAAAAGGAAAUUAGAAUCUCACUACAGGAAAAAGAAAGAAGAGAGGAUUCGAAAGUUGAUGGAAAGACUGAGCGCCGAUGCGAAGGAAAGCGUAUCAAAAAUGAUAGAAAAGCACAGUCAGGAAAUGUUGGUGAUGAUAGCCAAGCGUCUGUCUGAAGUAAAUACGAUGGAAGUUGUUCACGAGUCAGAAGAGUUGUUGAUCAAGGACACAGAGAGAAAGGUCGCUGAACUAACUCAACCCCCACCCAUCUGUCCCCCGGAAGUUAAGAGGUCACAGAUGUUCAAAAGUCCAAAGGAGUUCGAGAGAAUCGAUAACCAUGUUUUUGAUAUUGCCAAAAUAGAAUAUCUGACAUUUACUGACCUAGUCAAGGAUCUGAUAAAGGAUUGUGAAACCGACUUGGAAAAAGCACGAGCAAUAUUUCGAUGGAUCACGUGGACGGAUUUGAACCAGCUGGACGUGGACGAGUCAGUAAACCCAGAGUCUCCUAUGGGCUUGCUCAGGGGUAUCAAAUAUGGCACCGAGAGCUACCACGAUCUUUUCAAACGGCUUUGCAGUUAUGCUGGUCUGUACUGUGAAGUUAUUCAAGGUUAUUCAAAAGGUGCUGGGUAUAGACCGGGCAUGCGCAUUGAGGGCAACAAGUUCCGUAACUCUUGGACGGCGGUCUAUAUCACAGGUUCUUGGUGCUUUAUAAACUGUAACUGGGGUGCAAGACAUGUGAAAGGUCACCAGGUCAAAAGACAAGGUCACGGUGAAGACAUGCAGAAAUUCUUCUACAAGUGUGAUGAGUUCUAUUUCGUCACAGAUCCGGAAGACCAUAUUUAUCAACAUUACCCGGAUGAUCCAAAAUGGCAGCUGCUUGAAUGUCCCAUAACUCUUACAGAAUUUAUCACACUUCCGGUUGUGAAAUCGCCAUUUUUUAACUAUGGCUUAAGAUUUUCCGUUCAUUACGACUGCAUACAAUAUACACAAAAUGGAAUUGUGGUUCUGCAGUUAAAGAUUCCAAAUCUUCUUGGAUUCGGAUACACGUUUGAAGCCAAGGACAAAACAAUAAGUUCUUCCAGGUUGGAAGGGCGAGUAAUGCUAAGGAUUGUGGGCCAUAAUGCAAUAUUUACUGUGGCGCCACCUAAGUCUGGCAGAUAUUUCUUUACAAUUUACGCGAAGGAUGAUUGGAAUUCAGAAUCUCUGCAGAGUGCGUGUGCCUUCAGAAUCAAAUGUGUAGAAAAUCGUGAUGCAAUCAAAAGCCCUUUCCCAAAAGUGCCAUUUUUUGGGCCGACCCCAGCCAUGAGUCAGUGUGGGGUAGUGCCCGAAACACAUAUCGACCCUUUAAUUCAUUAUAGUCACGAGGAUGUGUGCUGUACUUUCAAACUUCAAAAUAAAGAUGUAAAACUCAGCUAUACUUUCAAGUACUAUGGACCUUGGGAUAAUGAAAUACCAGAUUUUCAGAGAUACGUAUUUAUAAAGCACCGCGAUGACAAUAGCGUGACAUAUCAGAUACGUUGUCCGCUGCAGGGGAAAUAUGUGCUCUCAAUUCUUGGCGAAAAUAGUCCAUGUGCGGAGGACGGUUCCAUUUCUUAUGAUUGCUUAUUCCGGUACCUGAUAGAAUGUCGGCAACCAGGCAAAGACAAGCGCCCUCUACCGAGAGCGUGCCACAGAUGGCUUCACGGCACACUGUUGGAGCCAAACUGUGGAGACAUUCCAGUUGACAGGCACGUGACAUUCCGCGUGCGGGCACCGCUAGCCAAUGACGUAGCUCUGUUAAUUGGUGACGUUUGGUUUCAUUUCAAAGACAUUCAUGAUGGUAUAUGGGAAGGUGCAGUGACAACGGGAAAAUCUCCGUGUAAAGCUAAAUUGUACGCAAAACUGGACAAAGAGCGGUCCAGAUUUUCACCUCUUAUCGAAUUUCAGGUGAGGUGAAAAUAUAGCAAUGUUAUGGACAUACUUGUUAAUCGUAUAUAAUGAUAACAAAAACAACGACGGUCAGAGAAAGAUAUCGCCAAAAUCAUGUUUUAUCACAUUUAUGAUUAAAAAUGAUGUAUGUAAUGGGUAUUUUCUGUAAUCAAAAUAUGUACGCUCAGUUAAAUGCGUAUAAUAAUAAAAAAAACAAGUUUA